CGCCGAACAGGAAACGAACAAAAAACCACUGGAGAGUGGUAAAUGUUGUUAUUUUUGUUUUUAUUUAAACAACAGUUCAGUACCGUAGGUGCGUGUGUUCGUUGGUAAAGUUUAAAUAAAUAAUUAUCGUCGCGUUUCGCAACAACUUUUAAAAACGUGUUUUGAACUUGGGCUCGAAGAGCCAGCAUCCGUUCCAAAGUGUCUUUUUGUGUCCUAAUUUUCAAUCCCAAACGUUGUAUGCAGUUAAUUUAGGAAAAAUGCGGAAAAACUACUGAAAAAAAUGGAAAACAUGAUAGGGGUAUCACUGUUUUUGGGGUUGUUUUGCUUGUCUCAGGGCCAACUGGAUCCAAGGGAACCAUUGUUUUCGACAACAGUUAAAUGUGCCCUAAACCUAUUCCAAUGCAACUCCGGCCAAUGUAUCCCGCUAAACUGGCACUGCGACUCGCACAGAGACUGUGACGAUGGCUCCGACGAACCCGAAGGCUGCGUUACUGCUCAGUGCAAACCUGAACAGUUUCGUUGUGCACUGACUCAAAAAUGUCUGCCAAAUGGCUGGGUGUGCGACGACGAACAAGAUUGCGGAGUGCAUCCGGAAUUGGGCCCAGAUAAGUCCGACGAAGAUCCGAAACAUUGCAAACCCACUCAUUGUAGAUGGAACGAAGCCCCGUGUCCAGAUGGUCCGGCUUGUGCUCAUUUGGAUUUGUUUUGCGAUGGUCAAUUGGGCGGUUGUCCUGGGAAUAGUGACGAAUGGGAUUUUUGUACUAAUAAAUCGUUGUCUUGCGAUAGGAUGCAGUGUACUUACAAGUGCAAACCUACACCACAAGGUGCUCAAUGCUACUGUCCUCAAGGAAAGCGCCCAGAAGGCAACAACUGUUUGGAUGCUGACGAGUGCCAAUAUGACGAUACUUGCUCUCAAGUUUGCAACAAUGUGGUUGGAUCCUAUAAAUGUUCCUGCGUUUCUGGAUAUUAUCAGAACGGCACUGAUUGUAUUGCAAUAAAUGUUCCAGAAACCGAACCUCCAUCACUUAUUUUCUCCACUCAAUCGGAGAUCAGAAGAGUCACCUUGGAAGGCAAAGCGUGGCCUGGCAACUCCAGCUUGAGACUUUUAAACAGUAACGCAUUAGAAUUCAUCCACCGAAAUCACACUGUAUGCUACGUACAUCAUAACGUGAGCCAAUCAUCGAUUGUUUGUGCAAAUAUUAACGAUUUGGAGCAAAGAUGGGCGUUGCAAGUGAAAUCUUCUUUGCUAGAUGUGGAUUCAAUUCAACAGUUGGCCUUUGAUUGGGUAUCAGAAAAUUGGUAUUUUCUAGAGGAUCAAAAAGAAGCUAUUAUUAUGUGUAAUAAUGGCCUGAUGUGGUGCAAUUUGAUUGUUGAAAAUAACUUAGGAUAUCCUAGGGCAAUUGCGCUAGAUCCUACCAGUGGCUAUAUGUUCUUUACAAAAUGGGGUCAAUCGCCACCAAUGUUGGAAAGGUGUAACUUAGAUGGUACCAAUAGGAAACCUAUUGUAGAUGUUAAAAUUGUUUAUCCAUAUGGUGUUAGUGUUGAUUACCCUACAAAAACCGUCUUUUGGGUGGACACUUAUUUGGACUACAUAGAAAAAGUGGAUUAUGAUGGCAAAAAUAGAAAGACAGUGGCCCGAGGUGUCCAUGUCAGAAAUGGAUAUGGUAUCAGCGUAUUCCAAAACAGGGUAUUUGUUUCGUCGUGGUAUAAUAGCAGCAUUUUGGAAGUUAAGAAAUUUGGAAAUGCAGACAAAAAUUUAGAAGCUCGUAACAUUGUGACCAACAUUACUAGACCCUUCAAUGUCUAUGUGUUUCAUAGACAAAGACAGCCAGAUGUGGCCCAUCCAUGCAAAACUUCUACCUGCGACCACCUUUGCAUUCCCUCUUGGUCCCCUACAGGUGUAGCAGUCAAAAAAUGUCUAUGCGCCUCAGGAUACAUCUUAUUUGGAGACCGUUGCAUCAUCAAAACACCAGAUAUGUUCUUGUUAGCUGCUAAAACUAAGCCUGGAAGUAUACGGGGUAUUGAUCUAGUUACAAGUAGAGAUGUUAUGGUGCCAGUUUUGAGCGUUGGCAGGCCUAAAGUUUUAGAAUACAUAGCGGGGUCAAAAUCAGUAAUAUACGCUGACGGCCAAGACGAAACUUUGAAUAUUGUCCUUAUCGAUUCAGUCAACAAGUCAAGCGUCCUGUUAAAAGACAUCCAAUGCGAUUGCCUUGCUCUAGAUUGGACUACAGGAAAUCUAUAUUUCAAUAAUUGGAAAAGAGGCCUUAUUGGUGUUCUAAAAGUGUCCAACUCUACAUUGGUGAAAACCUUGUUCCAAAGCACGUUUGCUUAUUAUAGAACAUCGAUCGCUUUGGAUCCAACUAGAGGAAUAAUGUUUUGGUGCGAUUGGAGUGGAACACCAGAAAAGGGCAGCAUUUUUACAGCUUACAUGGACGGUACUGAGCGAAAGUCGUUUUUGGAAGAAAACGUUUUUUGGCCUUCCGGAUUGGCUGUGGACAUCAAAAGUGGCAGAUUAUAUUGGAUGGAUAGGCAGUUAAGAAGUUUGCAGAGUAUCAAUUUGGAUGGUAGCAAUUUGAGAGUGGAAAUAGAUAAAGGCAUUGGUACUCCAGCAAAUUUAGUACUUGGACUCGACAAAACACUUUACUAUAUAGAUGUAACAAAUGGUACAGUGAUGAGCUUCAAGUCCGAAAAUGGUCUCAAAACGGUUUUUGAGAGCAACACAUCAUUGCAAGAUAUAAAAAUCUUUGAUCCAAACAGGAAAGAACAAGAACCUGAAGAGUGUUCAAAAUGCCCCGAACUUUGUCUGCGAACUGACAAUGGCAAAUUGACUUGUGCCUGCAGAGACGGAUUUGAAUGGUCUGGAAAGGACUGCUUGAAAAUUAGCAAUUAUACUGCUCCAUCAGCUUGUCCAAAGCAUCACUUCCAAUGCCUCGAUAGAAAGCAAUGCAUUCCCAACAAUUACGUCUGCGACGGCGUAGAUAAUUGCGGAGACGGCUCAGACGAAAGCACAGAGCCCGGAGGACCGUGCGAAAAUGUCAAAUGUGGCGAGCACCAGGUCAAAUGCGAUAAAACCACUUGUAUAGCCCGCCACUGGGUUUGCGACGGCGAAAAAGACUGUCUCGAUGGUACCGAUGAAGACCCGAAAAUGUGCUUGAAAGUGUGUCCAGUGAAUCAGUUCAAAUGUAAGAAUUCCAGACGGUGCAUUCCGAUGGUGUGGAGGUGCGAUCACGUUCAUGAUUGCGGUCCUAACGAUGAUAGUGACGAGGCGGAUUGUAAAGUUAAUACUUGUGAUGUGAAUGAGUUUACUUGUAAAGACGGCCAAUGCAUAGCAUCGCAUUUCUAUUGUGAUUCUUUGAAAGACUGUCGAGAUGGAUCCGAUGAAAUCGAUUGUGUCCAGUGCAACCCUGAAACUGAAAUAGUUUGCAAGCCGAAAGCUGAUUGUUUGCCUAGUGUUGUCAGGUGUGAUGGUAAAAUGGAUUGUCCAGAUGGUACAGACGAGCGCGAUUGUGGAAAAAAAGACUGCGAGUCUAAUGAGUUUACUUGUGCCAACUUUGAAUGCAUACCAAAAAUGUUUGUCUGUGAUUCAGACCUUGACUGUAUAGAUGGCUCAGAUGAGAAAAAUUGCGAUGCCUCAAAAAUGCACAAUACUACAGAUCUCAAGCAAAAAAUUGAUUGCUUGCCGCCAAAUAGGCUUUGUGAUAACGAUACCAAAUGUAUUUCUCCUAUGCAAAUGUGUGAUAAUAGACAAGACUGUGCUGAUGGCACUGAUGAAGGGCAUAAAUGUAAUGAAAUGUCCGGAAAUGUGACAGGAACUAAAGGCAGUUCUAUGACUUCAUCAUGCGAAUAUCCUCACAGGCUUUGUGAUAACGAUACAAAAUGUAUAACGGUCCAACAACUUUGCGACGGACGUUCAGAUUGUACUGACGGUUCAGAUGAGGGCAUGAGAUGCACAGAUCAAAUGUGCGAUCACAGUUUCAUAUGCUCGCACAUUUGUCAUAACGCGCCUGACGGUGUUGUUUGUAGUUGUCCAGCAGAUUUACAUUUACAGGCUGAUCGUACUCACUGUCUAGAAACCCACCCCUGCGAAGCCUGGGGCGUAUGUUCUCAAAAAUGCAUCCCCAGAGGCUCGAGAUACAAAUGCUCCUGCCUCGACGGCUAUGUUCUACAAGAAGACGGUUUCACGUGCAAAAGUACCGACAUUGGAAGGCCUUACGUAACCUUUUCUAACCGCCACGAACUAAGAGGGGUAGAUUUGCACACAUUUACUCAAAAGUCGUUCAUCUCCAACUUGAAGAACACUAUUACGUUGGACUUUUAUCAUUCUAAUGGUACCGAUAUGAUUUUCUGGACUGAUGUUAUUGACGAUAAGAUUUAUAGAGGCACAGUUGGAGGUGGAUCGUUGGGCAAUAUUGAAGUGGUUGUUAAUGCGGGAUUGUCUACUGCUGAAGGAUUGGCAGUGGAUUGGAUUGGGGAGAAUUUGUAUUGGGUCGAGAGUAACUUGGAUCAAAUAGAAGUAGCCAAAUUGAAUGGUAGUUUUAGAAGAACCUUAGUUGCUGGUGAUAUGGAAAGCCCACGAGCUAUCGCAGUCGAUCCCAGAGAUGGCUAUCUCUUUUGGACAGAUUGGGAUAAUUCAGCUCCAAGAAUAGAAAGAUGUUCUCUAGCAGGUUUAGAUAGAAAAGUUGUCGUCAGAGUGGACCAGUUUAUCAAGGGCGGCUGGCCCAACGGGUUAACUUUAGAUUAUACUAUGAGAAGAAUUUAUUGGGCAGACGCAAGAUCAGACUCAAUCCACACUUGUAAUUACGAUGGCAACGAUCAUCAUGAAGUCAUAAGCAAUCAAGAGUUUCUGUCGCAUCCGUUUGCCAUUUCCUUAUUUGAAAAUUACGUAUAUUGGACUGACUGGAGAACCAACAGCGUUAUGAGAGCUAAUAAGUGGACCGGAGGAGAUGUCAUGGUUAUUCAGAGAACUUUGACUCAGCCUUUCGAUAUUAAAGUUAUGCACCCCAGCAGGCAACCGCCAGGCGACAAUCCGUGUGGCAAAAAUAACGGAGGUUGUUCUCAUUUGUGUUUGAUACAUUUGAAUGGGUCUUACAAGUGCGACUGUCCUCAUAUAUCUAGAUUAAGUGACGAUAAUAAAACUUGCGUUAACAAUGAAAGAGUACUUUUGAUAGCUCGUGCAAGUGAAAUUCGUGGCGUGGACAUUGAACAACCAUAUUAUCACACGAUACCAACAAUCAGCAUGCCUCAAGUACUAAAUCCAGUGCAGCUAGAGUACUUUGCCAAAAAUAAAACUUUAAUUUGGUCUGAUUCACAGUCUGAUGAAGUCAAAAAAUCAAACUUAACCCAAGGCCCUGUGCAAACUUUAAUCGAUACAGGUUUACAACAGUUGUCUGGAUUGGCUGUAGAUUGGAUAUCGGAAUUGCUGUUUGUUAGUUCUGUUAAUGGAAUAGUGAUAUCAAAUAUCAAAGGCGAAUACAGUACAUUGCUUAUAGAAGAUAAACAAAUUCUUUCUGUGGCCGUUUAUCCGAGUUUGGGAAAAGUAUUUUGGAUACGAGGACAAAAUGACAGUAUAGCUUUUGUUGAAAGCAGCGGAAUGGAUGGGUCAGACAGGAAAAUCCUUGUACCGGAUUUGAUGUUUGAUUCAAAGAGUUUGGUUGUGGAUAUGAAGUCAAACAGAUUAUACUGGGUUAGCGGAUUCGAAGUUAUGUACUCAAACCUAGAUGGUACCAACUUACUAAAGCUAAAUCUUCCUUCCAACGUAACAGUUACAGCAAUCACAGUAUACAGAGGCAAAUUAUAUUACGCCGACGAUGCCGACCAGUCAAUUUACGUAGCCGACAAGACCCUUGGUAUAAACGGUUCAAUUGUUGCCCUAAGAAAUAGCACGGGAGGCGUAUUAGCUUUGAGAAUUUACGAUUCCAAAGAACAAUCCGGCACUCACCCGUGCCAAAUCAACAACGGAGGUUGUCAGCACUUGUGUUUGCCCAGAACUAAGAGCUCUUUCAUGUGCAAAUGCGCUACAGGCUACGAAGAAGAUCCCACCGAUUUCCAUAAAUGUACCGGCAUUCAAGAUUUCAUAGUUUUCUCGUUGAAUUGGGAGCUGCAGGGACGUCCGCUGAACGGUUCCAAGGCUACUAAAGUACUUGGCCCUAUUUCAAGGGUCAGUAGCGCGUCAUCUAUCGACUUUAUUGCCAAUCAAGAUUUGUUAUUUUGGGCUGAUAUUGAACAUGGUCAAGUUACUAAAAUCAGGAGAGAUGGUACUCGCAGGUCUUUUAUUUUGGACCAAACAGAAAUAAUCGAUAAUGUGCCAGACGAUUGGUUAACAUGUCUAGCCAUAGAUUGGGUAGCAGAAAAUAUGUACUGGUGCGACUCCAAACGUGGUACCAUAAGUGUAGCUAGAUUGGAUGGUACCAAAGAGCAUGUGCUACUUUCAAAUGAGACAGCUAAACCAAAUGCUCUCGCCUUGGAUCCUGUUCGAGGCUUGAUGAUUUGGGCAAGUCAGAACAAGCUCGAAAUUGCAACGUUGGAUGGCCAAAACAGAAGAGUCUUGCUUAAUAAAUCCAACAAGAAAUUCUCUGACAUCACCUUGGAUUCAAAGAAUCAGCAGAUUUACUUUUGUGAUAUUUUAUCUGCUACAAUUGAAAGAAUUAAAUAUGACGGAGGCAACCAUUCUGUUUUAUUGAAUAAUGCUACUUUAGAUAAGCCAGUGAGUUUGACAUUUUUUGAAAACACCAUAUAUUUUCUGGAUGUGGCCAAAGGCAAGGGAAGCAUAAGAAAAGUUCCGAUUUCAAAUUUUUCGGAUGUGACAGUCAUUGAGGAGGAUUUGGGUGAUUCUCUUACUGAUAUUCAGAUAUACUCUAAAAGAAGACAAGAUGGAACCAAUCCCUGUGCCAAAAACAACGGCGACUGCGAGCAACUCUGCCUUUUCAACGGAACUAACCCAGUUUGUGUUUGCUCUCACGGUAUGCUUUCAUCAGAUGGUAAAACCUGCGAACCUUUCUACACUUUUGUAAUGUUCUCCAAAGUCGUCAGUAUCGACUCAAUACAUAUGAUGGGAGAGAAGAAUUUAAUGAACUCGCCUUAUCCCACAAUAAAGAAUUCGUCAUAUUUGAAGAAUGCAAUUGGUCUUAGUUUCAGCUACCAACAUUCGACAUUAUUUUACUCAGACAUACAACGAGGCUCAAUUAAUGCAGUAUUUUUCAACGGCAGCGACCAUAGAAUUAUUGUCGAUAAACAAGGAUCUGUAGAAGGUAUUGCCUAUGAACAGCUGGCAAACGCUUUAUAUUGGACUUGCAACAAUGACGCCACAAUUAACCGAGUCAAUCUUACCAAUCAGCUGCAAAAUGCCUCUGAAGUAGAAACAAUUGUAAGCUUAAGACCACUGGACAAGCCCAGAGGAAUUGCUGUGGAUUCUUGCGGCGGAAGGGUGUAUUGGACCAACUGGAAUGCUCAUCAGCCUAGUAUUGAACGGGCAUAUUUUACUGGAUAUAAGCGACAAGCAAUUAUAACUACUGAUAUUCGAAUGCCCAACGGAAUAACGUUGGAUCAUAAAGCACAAAAGUUGUAUUGGGGAGAUGCCAGGCUGGAUAAAAUUGAGAGAUGCGAGUAUGAUGGCAGUAAAAGGGUCGUAUUAGCAAAAGUAACACCCCAACAUCCAUUCGCCUUGGCAAUUCAUGGUGAUUUCAUUUAUUGGACAGAUUGGAUUCUACAUGCAGUUAUUAGAGCCGACAAGUUCACAGGACAGUAUUUUGUAACUUUGCGCAAAGACGUCCCCAGGCCAAUGGGUAUAGUAGCGGUAGCUGACAACGUGGUCGAUUGCUCGUUGAAUCCGUGCCUCAUAGAUAACGGAGGUUGUGAAGAAUAUUGCGAACUCACUGCCAGCGCUCAAGUUCAAUGUUCAUGUAGGGAAGGUAGAACAUUGAAUGCAGACGGACGUUGCAUUAAGGCUGGUAAUGUCGAAUGCACUAACACCGAGGAUAGUUUUCGAUGUUCCGAUGGCGGCUGCGUACCAUUCCACGUCACUUGUGACGGUAUUACGCAUUGUGCCGAUGGUUCAGAUGAGGAAGCUGGCUAUUGUGGCUACCGAACUUGUCCCUUGGGCUGGCUCAAGUGUUUAAACAAAAAAUGCGUUCCCAUAAAUGCUACUUGUGACGGUGUGGACGAUUGUGGCGAUUCGACUGAUGAAUUGAACUGCCAUUGCCCAGAAGAUAAAUAUUUUAGAUGUGCUGAUGGUGAAUGUGUGCUGAAAUCAGUCCUUUGUGACAUGGAUCCCGAUUGCAAAGACAACUCAGAUGAAAUUGGUUGUCCCAAAACCAACUGCACCGCUUUCCACAAUCCCAACUUCAGAAAUUGCAACUUUACUAGUAAUUGUAUACACAAAGAUUGGAUUUGCGAUGGGGAAGACGAUUGCUGGGACAAUUCGGACGAAGUCGGUUGUCCAAAGUUGAACAAACCGUGCGACUUGUUCAAUCAAUGGCAAUGUCAAUCUGGACAGUGUAUCAACUCCACUGGAAGAUGUAAUGGAAAGCAAGACUGUCAGGACGGUUCAGACGAAGUGCAUUGUACCGCGAACGUAUGGUGUCCGGCAGACCAUUUCAGAUGCAUCAGCGAUGGUACUUGUAUUCCAAUAUCCUGGUAUUGUAAUGGUGUAAAGGAUUGUCACGAUGAAAGUGACGAAAUUGAGUGUAAACAUCAAUGCAGAGCUGAUAAGUUCCAAUGUGCCAAUGGUGAAUGCAUUCCGAAAUCGUGGCAAUGUGAUGGUAGUCCCGACUGUGCUGAUAGAUCUGAUGAAACUGAGCAUUGUAACCAUACUGAGUGUACUAAACAAGAAUUCAGGUGUAACUCAACCGGUCGUUGUAUACCAGAAACUUGGGUAUGUGAUGGUGAAAUGGACUGCAAAAAUAAUGAAGACGAAAGUCCAACCGAUUGCCAGGGCAAAAUUGCCUGUACCGAUCAACAGUUCCAAUGCAAGGGCGGACAGUGCGUUAAUCGGGCGUUCUAUUGUGAUGGAGAUAGAGAUUGUACAGAUGGCAGUGACGAACCCGACUAUUGUUUCAAAACUUGCUCUAUGAACGAAUUUCAUUGUGCCAAUGGAAAAUGCCUAAUGGAACUUUAUAAAUGUGACGGUUUUGAUGAUUGUGGAGAUGGUAGUGAUGAGGAAAAGUGCCAAACGGAGGAUUAUUGUCAAAAUAAAGGUUGGUUCCACUGUGAAAAUGGAGUUUGUAUUAACGAAACCUUACUUUGCAAUGGCGAAAACAAUUGUGGAGAUUUCUCUGAUGAAGGCCGAUGUUUUAUUGAUGAAUGCUCAGCUAAAACUCCAAUAUGUGACCAUAUUUGCAUAGAUAAAGUUGUGGGUUACGAAUGCCAGUGCCACCCUGGUUAUAAGAUAUCGGCGAAAAAUCCUCAUCAUUGCGAGGACAUAGAUGAGUGCCUGGACAGGCCCUGUAGCCAGGUUUGCAAAAAUACCAGAGGGUCUUAUCAUUGUAGCUGUCUGGAAAACUUUAUACUUGAUGGGCAGUCUUGUAAGGUUGACUCACCUGUCAAAGCUACUCUUUUACUAGCAAACAGAUAUUACAUUCGAGAAAUCGACUUCACUGGUGACUCCAACCUAAUAGCUCACAAUCUGACCAACGCCGUAGCCCUGGAUUAUGAUUGGGCGACGCAAUGUAUUUAUUGGUCAGAUGUAACCCAACUGGGCAGCACCAUCAAACGAAUAUGCGACUAUAAACAAGAAAAUCCAAUGAGCACAGUGAAAAUGUUGCAUUCCUCAACUUUACAAAAUCCUGAUGGUUUGGCUGUGGAUUGGGUUGGUAGGAAUUUGUAUUGGUGCGAUAAGGGUACAGACACAAUCGAAGUAUCCACCCUCGAAGGAAAACACCGUAGGAUUUUACAUUCUAAAGAUUUAGAAGAACCCAGAGCUUUGGCAUUAGAUCCGAUCAAUAAAUACAUGUAUUGGACUGAUUGGGGAUCUAGAGUUCACAUAGGAAAAUCCGGCAUGGAUGGAUCAAAUCCCAAAGUUAUAAUAAACAAAAAUUUAGGCUGGCCAAACGCUUUGACGAUUUCGUUUGAAACUAACGAACUAUUUUGGUCUGAUGCUAGGGAGGAUUAUAUUGCAGUGUCUGAUUUUGAAGGCGAGAAUAUCAAGAUUAUCGCCAGUAGAGAAAAAAAUAUCAAAUUGCAACUGCAUCAUGUGUUUGCUAUUGACGUGUGGGAAGACUAUGUUUACUGGACCGAUUGGGAAACCAAAAAUAUUGAAAGAUGUCAUAAAUAUACUGGAGAAAAUUGUUCUUCGAUCUUGAAUACUGUGCAUAGGCCUAUGGAUGUGAGGGUUGUACAUCCGUUCAAACAACCAAAGGUCAGUAAUAAUCCUUGUGCGACAGCCAAUUGUUCAGCUUUAUGCCUGUUAUCUCCCAAAGAACCAUAUUUUACUUGUCAGUGUCCAGAAAAUUAUGUGCUAGGUAAAGAUGGUCGUACAUGUGAAGCCAACUGUACAACAUCCCACUUCGAGUGUAAGACAAGCUAUAAAUGUAUUCCAUUCUGGUGGCAAUGCGAUACACAGGACGAUUGUGGAGAUGGUAGUGAUGAGCCCGAUGACUGUCCGUCGUUCAAGUGUCUGCCAGGACAAUAUCAGUGUGCCAACGGUCAAUGUAUUCAUCCGGGUGAUCUUUGCAACGGUGUUAAUAAUUGCGGAGAUCAUUCUGACGAACGGGAUUGUGAUAAAUAUGCUUGUUUGAAUACACAGUUCAGAUGUGAAGGUAAUAGUACGAUCCCACCUCGUUGCAUACCGUCAACGUUGCGUUGCAACAAAGUACCCAACUGCCCUCUAGGAGAAGACGAACUCAACUGUCCACCAGCCACUUGUCCUGCCAGCCAAUUCAAGUGCAACAACGACAAAUGCAUACCGGCAGUAUGGGUGUGCGACAACGACAACGAUUGUGGCGACGGUUCGGAUGAAAUGCAAGACUGUCAUGCGAGAACUUGCGGCCCGGAACACUUCAGGUGUAAUUCGGGACGGUGCAUUCCGUUGUCGUGGAAGUGCGACGGCGAUCCGGAUUGUGGCGACGACGAAGACGAACCUCCGACUUGUAGCCAGGCAGAGUUUCAUACUUGCGAACCAACUUACUUCCGGUGUAAAAAUAAUAAGUGUAUUCCAGGCCGGUGGUACUGUGACUAUGAUAACGAUUGCGGAGAUGGCACUGACGAAUUGAACUGUACUCCAAGGAAUUGUUCGGAAUCUGAGUUUAGAUGCGGUAAUGGUAAAUGUAUCAGAGGCACGAUGAAAUGUGAUGGUGAAUAUCAAUGCGAGGAUAGAUCUGACGAGGCAGAUUGUCAGACUCAAUGUAAACAAAACGAAUUCCAAUGCAUCAAUCCAAAAAUAUGUAUUUUCAAAGAAUGGAGAUGUGACGGUGAAUUGGAUUGCUCUGAUGGAUCAGACGAAAUAAACUGUCCGAACGCCACUAGUUGCCCACUGAACGGUUUCCGAUGUCAAAACGGUUUUUGUAUCAACGGCGAUUGGCAAUGUGACGGUCAAAACGAUUGUGACGACGGUUCCGACGAAAACGAUUGUAAAACUUAUACUUGUCCUGCGGGAAGAUUCCGCUGCCAGAAUCGGUGCGUGCCUGUGAGCGCGUUAUGCGAUGGUACCAAGCAGUGCGAGGAUGGCAGUGACGAGGACAAACAUUUCUGUAAAAGGUAUGGCCUGUGUCCAAAUGGCCAAUUCUUGUGCAAAAACAACAGGUGUAUUGCAAAGGAGGCUCUGUGCGACAGGAAUAACGAUUGCGGUGACAAUAGUGAUGAAACUGAUUGUGAUUUAUCGCCUUGCAAAUGGAACACUUGUUCGCAAAUAUGCAUAGAAUCAAGAGUAAACCAAACAUCUUGCAAAUGCGUGGAAGGAUACAGAUUGACAGGCCGUAACGGUCAAUGCCAAGCCGAAGGUGAUAUGGCUGAGCUAGUUUUAGCAGCUGAAGCUGAAUUGAGACUCAUUUCCCCCUACAAAAUGGGCGAUAUUAAUAAAAUGAAAAAAACGCAAGCUAUUGCACCAGGAUAUAAAGUCGAUUCAGUCGAUAUUCUCUACGGCAAAAAGCAAGCCGAAGCUUUCUGGACGGAUCACCAAAAUAAACGCGUCCAAUCGAUGGUCAUUCAAAUAGAAGACGAAAGAAGAACCAAUAGAGAUGCAGAUUUUGCCAGGACUGUGCUUUCGAAUCUACGAGAACCGAGAGGCAUCGCUUUAGAUUGGGCUGCCAGGAGAAUCUACAUUACAGAUUCUAGCAGGCUUUUGGUGUCCGAUUUAGAAGGGAAAUUUAACUUUACUUUGAUAUCGACCAAUUUACAGAAUCCGAGGGAUAUUGUUUUGGCACCGGGAGAAGGUUUAUUGUUUUGGGCUGAUUGGGGACCAGAACCAAGAAUUGAAAGAGCUGACAUGGACGGAUACAAUCGAAAAGUUUUGGUCAACAACCUGCUCUGGCCUACCAGUUUAGCUAUCGAUUAUCCUACCAAACGGCUCUAUUGGUGUGAUCCUAAAGCUUCAACUGUGGAAAGUGUAGCCUUCGAUGGUAGAGAUCGUCAUCUUAUCAAACGUUUUGAAGAGGCUUCAAUAAAACCUUAUAAAUUAGAAGUUUUUGAGGACAAUCUGUUUGUAUCAACUUAUCAGAGACACGACGUUAUAAGGUUUAAUAAGUUUGGCAACGGGGCAGAUAUGGUAUUUUUAGCUCAUGGUUUAACAAGGGUUUCAGAUAUUUUGAUCCUUCAAGAAAAUAAGCGCCCCAAAUUGAAUAACUCGUGCAACGAUUUCUGUAGCAAUAAUGAAUUUUGCUUGUUGACACCAAAAGGAGCUCGUUGCGUUUGCUCAAAUGGCUAUAUCAACGAUAAUUUUACUUGUAAAGCUGUUACGCCUCCCACUCCACAUUGUCCACUUAAUUGUAAUCUCGGACAGUGCAAGAUUGAAACAGGUAAAGCUGCAUAUUGUGUGUGCCCAGCGCUUUAUUUCGGAAACAGAUGUCAGCACUAUCGUUGUUCUCAACAUUGCAAAAACGGCGGCGUUUGUGUUCUGGAUGCUUCUUGGAAUUCUACUUCGUUAUUGGCCCCGGCCGAUCAAGAUAAACCUCCAUUGAAAUGUAUCUGUCCCCCUCAAUGGUACGGUAAACGUUGUGAGAAACGCCUACCCUUGUGCAAAGAUUUCUGCAACAAUGGCGGCACUUGCACGUUGUUGAUGGGACUGCCUCACUGCACCUGCAAGGACGGUUUUAUGGGCUUCAGAUGUCAGCACUGUACUAACUUUGAUUGCGGUAGUGGCGGCAGUUGUUCGAUGAGAAAUGGAGUGCAAUCUUGUACUUGUUCGCAAGGUUAUAGUGGCCAACAUUGUGAAAAAUCAGUAUGCGGUCCUCACGGACAAGUAGUAUCACUUCCCAAAGGCAUUCAAUGCGAUUGUCACCUGGGUUACACUGGAGAACGUUGCGAGACCAGCAGGUGCAACGGCCUAUGUCAGAAUGGUGGCACUUGUACAGCAGCUACCCUUCAAUGCACGUGUCCUCCGAAUUUCACCGGUCCUCGUUGCGAACAAGACAUUUGUGCCACAUCAAAGAGUUGCUGUCAUAAUGGAGGUUGCAAAAACGGCGGCCGGUGUGUAGUGAUGCACGGCGCGAGAGUUUGCAAUUGCACCCAGAGAUGGGGCGGUGAAAAUUGCGAAGUUUACAUAGGCAAUGAUAAUCCUUGCGAUGGUUUUUGUAAGAACAGUGGCAUAUGUCAAAUUUUGAAACCAGGAGAUGUUCCUAGAUGUUGGUGUCUGCCUUCGUGGUCAGGUCCAACGUGCACCAAAUCUACUUCAAGUUUGUGUAGCAACUAUUGUCACAAUGGCGGUUCUUGUACCGUUAUUCAAGGCAGUCCUAAUUGUACGUGUACGUCUGAUUAUCAGGGUGCUACUUGUACAGUACUACGCGAUCCUCAAGUGCUUCUCGCACAACAAGAAGGCAACAGUCCAGAGGGACGAAGUAUAUGGAUACCGAUAGCGUGGGCUUUGGCUGUUAUCCUGAUUGUAUUAGCAAUAGGAAUUGUGCUGUUUGAGUAUGUGUUUAGGAGGAGGACGAUAUUUUCACACGAGAGGUUGCAGGAGAAUGAUUUUCAUAAUCCUAUGUAUCAGGAUAGGGAUGCUGAACCGUUCACUUUGGAGGCAGAUAAGUCUGGCAAUUUCGAAAAUCCCGUCUACGAGUCGGUAUACAAUGGCACCACAAGCGGCCGAGAAGAAAAAGCCGUUUUACUGGAACACACAGCGGACGAUACUCCGCCUCCACCAACGGAAGAACUUUAAUUUUAUUUCUGAUCGAAUUUUAGAUGAUAAGACGGGUCUAGUACUUUAGCAAAAUUUGAUUUUUUUUGCUAAUUUUUUUUUUUGUGAUGAAUCUCUUUAUUUCAUAAUGCAGCUAACUUUGACAUUUUUUCGCAUUUUUAUUUUAAGUUGUAUAUACUCUGGAACGUUAAUUCCUUAAACAUUUUUAUUUUAUUUAGAAACAUACACUUUAUUUAUCCAAUUUAUGUCUUUCCGCUGACUUUCAGGGCUCUGAUUGGUCAAAAUAUUUCCUCACCAAUGAGAAGCAAUAAAUUAAUCCAAUAGGAACAAUUUUUGUGUUUUUGAAAAUCAAGUACCAAAACACAAAACUAGCGAAAAAUACUAAUUUUUUUUUAUUGGUGACAUAAAUCAGUUGUUUAUUUGGGUUGUAGAAAUGGAAAAGACUGUGUAUGUACAAGCAUGCUAUGAAAUUACUAAAUUAAAAUCUCUACAUUCCUUGAAAGGCUUUUCGAAUAAUCUAGUUUUGAAGCAUUUAUUUUUUUUUGCUAAUUAUUUUAACAGUAGAACUUCUGUUGUGAAAUGUGCCAUUUUUAUUAUUUUUUAUUAACUUUAACUCGCAUUACUUUCUUGCCUUUUAGCAGCUCUCUACAUUUUAUUUUAAGGAUAGAUUAAGGUAUCCUGGUAAUGACUGUAAUUCUUACUCAUAAAGUGUUAAUGUAAAUAACAAAAUUUCCUUGGCAUUACGGUUAUUGACGGAACAAUAAAAUAAUUAUUAUUACGAUGUGAUUUUUUGAGGCAACUUGUAUACUAUUGUCCAAUUUUGUCAGAUUUUUGUCUGAUUCUCAGUUUGAUGAAAUAUGAAAAAAUGCAACACGAUACGUCCGUUUGUAAAUAACUUACAUGUGAUUGAAAUUUUUUUAACAAAAAAAAUCUAUAAUAUAAAAAAAAAAUAUUUUAAAUGUGAAACUAUCCAAUGAUGUUGUUUAUUAAGGUGUUUUCGUGGUUGUGCCAAAACAAAGAUUUGUUUUAUUAUUUCUUCAUAUCUUAUCGAGAAACCUAUAAUAAUUUAAACGGAUUUUUUUGCUCAAAUAAUAAUAAAUAAACUCAAAUGUUUUUAGAAUAAUUUUUAUUAAAUUCUGUAUAAUGAUGUUUUUAAUAAAUGUAAAUGAAUGUCCAUA